UUUUCUAGCCAUGAAAUGGAUAGUGAAUCACAUAUCAGUGAGACAAGUGAUCGCAUGGCAGACUUUGAGAGCAGCUCUGUCAAAAAUGAGGAAGAGAGCAAGGAGGUCUCAAUACCACUGGAAGACUCUACUGUAUCUGAUAGUUUAGAACAAAUGAAAGCCGUCUAUAAUAACUUCCUCUCCAAUUCCUACUGGUCCAAUCUCAAUUUGAACCUUCACCAGCCGAUUUCAGAAAAGAACAAUGGUAGCAGCAGCAGCAGCAGCAGCAGUAGCAGUUGUGGAAGUGGCAGCUUUGACUGGCACCAGACUGCUAUGGCUAAAACACUGCAGCAAGUUUCUCAGAGCAGAAUUCUUCCUGAACCAAGUCUUUUUAGCACAGUUCAACUGUACAGACAAAGCAGUAAGCUUUAUGGCUCUAUUUUUACCGGAGCCAGUAAAUUCCGGUGUAAAGACUGCAGUGCUGCCUAUGAUACUUUAGUAGAAUUAACAGUGCACAUGAAUGAAACAGGACAUUAUCGAGAUGACAACCAUGAAACUGAUAACAAUAAUCCCAAAAGAUGGUCCAAACCUCGUAAACGUUCUUUGCUUGAAAUGGAAGGGAAAGAAGAUGCCCAGAAAGUUUUAAAGUGUAUGUACUGUGGUCAUUCAUUUGAAUCUCUUCAGGAUUUGAGUGUUCAUAUGAUCAAAACAAAACACUACCAAAAAGUGCCUCUGAAGGAACCUGUUACACCUGUAGCAGCAAAAAUUAUCCCAGCUACUAGAAAGAAAGCAUCACUGGAGCUUGAACUUCCAAGUUCUCCAGAUUCCACAGGUGGGACACCAAAAGCAACAAUCUCGGAUACCAAUGAUGCACUUCAAAAGAAUUCUAAUCCUUACAUUACGCCAAAUAAUCGCUACGGUCACCAGAAUGGUGCCAGCUAUGCCUGGCACUUUGAGGCGAGGAAAUCUCAAAUCUUGAAGUGCAUGGAGUGCGGAAGCUCACAUGACACUCUGCAGGAACUCACGGCUCACAUGAUGGUGACAGGACAUUUUAUUAAAGUCACUAACUCUGCCAUGAAAAAAGGGAAGCCAAUUAUAGAAGCCCCAGCAACUCCAACAAUAACAUCUUUAGUAGAUGAGAAAGUACAGUCUGUGCCCCUUGCUGCCACCACUUUUACGUCUCCAUCCAAUACACCUUCUAGUGUUUCCCCUAAAUUAAAUGUUGAAAUAAAAAAAGAAGUAGAUAAAGAAAGAAGCAUUGCUGAUGACAAAAUGAAAGACAAGGAAAAGUCAAGUGAAGAUGAGGAGAAGUACGAUAUCUCCUCAAAAUACCAUUACUUGACAGAAAAUGACCUGGAAGAAAGCCCUAAAGGGGGAUUAGAUAUAUUGAAGUCUUUAGAAAACACAGUUACAUCAGCUAUAAACAAAGCCCAGAAUGGCACACCAAGCUGGGGUGGCUAUCCCAGCAUUCAUGCUGCCUAUCAGCUGCCCAAUAUGAUGAAGCUGUCACUGGGCUCAUCUGGGAAGAGCACACCGUUAAAACCUAUGUUUGGAAACAAUGAACUAGUAUCACCAACUAGAAACCAGCCCUUGGUGUCUCCUCCAAGUAGCCAGACCUCACCUGUGCCAAAAACAAACUUUCACGCCAUGGAAGAAUUGGUAAAGAAGGUCACUGAGAAGGUGGCUAAAGUGGAGGAAAAAAUGAAAGAGCCUGAAGAAAAGUUUUCUCCAAUGAAGCGUGCAACACCUUCACCAUGCAGUAGUGAAGUCAGUGAACCUCUUAAGAUGGAGUCCUCCAAUGAUGGUGGCUUUAAAAGCCAGCAGAACAGUCCAGUCCCUCAGAGAGAUGGUUGCAAGGAUAGUCCGACUGUAGAACCUGUGGAAAAUGGGAAGGAGCCUGUUAAGUCUAUUGUAAGUUCUUUAAGUAGCAGCACAGCUAUCAUUACUGACCACCCUCCUGAACAGCCAUUUGUAAAUCCAUUAAGUGCACUACAGUCUGUCAUGAAUAUUCACCUUGGGAAGGCAGCAAAGCCGUCUUUGCCUGCUUUGGAUCCAAUGAGCAUGCUGUUUAAAAUGAGCAACAGUUUGGCAGAAAAGGCUGCAGUGGCCACCCCACCUCUACAGUCCAAAAAAACAGACCACUUAGACCGUUAUUUUUAUCAUGUCAACAAUGACCAACCUAUAGAUUUGACGAAAGGCAAGAGUGACAAAAGCUGCUCUUUGGGUUCAGCGCUUUUGUCAUCUACAUCGACAUCUUCUGCAUCUUCUUCAUCUACAGUGACAACAGCAAAGACAUCUGCAGUCGUGUCAUUCAUGUCAAACUCGCCGCUACGCGAGAAUGCCUUGUCAGAUAUAUCUGAUAUGCUGAAGAACCUGACAGAAAGUCACACAUCAAAAUCUUCCACACCUUCCAGCAUAUCUGAGAAAUCUGACAUUGAUGGUACCACAAUAGAGGAACCAGAAGAGAGUACACCAGCUCAAAAAAGGAAGGGACGUCAGUCUAACUGGAACCCUCAGCACUUGCUCAUAUUGCAGGCCCAGUUUGCAGCUAGUUUGCGGCAGACUUCAGAGGGUAAAUAUAUCAUGUCAGACUUGAGCCCUCAAGAAAGAAUGCACAUUUCCAGGUUUACGGGACUUUCAAUGACCACAAUUAGCCACUGGCUAGCCAAUGUGAAAUACCAGCUCCGAAGGACGGGGGGAACUAAGUUCCUUAAAAAUUUAGACACUGGGCACCCAGUGUUCUUUUGUAAUGACUGUGCUUCACAGAUCAGAACUCCUUCAACUUAUAUCAGUCAUCUUGAAUCACAUCUGGGUUUCAGGUUAAGAGACUUGUCCAAAUUGUCCAGUGAACAGAUUAACAGUCAGAUAGCACAAGCAAAGUCACCAUCGGAAAAACUGGUGACGUCCUCUCCAGAGGAAGAUAUUGGAACUUCUUAUCAGUGCAAACUUUGUAACAGGACUUUUGCAAGCAAGCAUGCUGUUAAACUUCAUCUUAGCAAAACACAUGGGAAGUCACCGGAGGAUCAUCUUCUGUAUGUUUCAGAGUUAGAGAAGCAGUAGCAUUUGCUUUCGAUUAAAAUAACUGUAAUUUGCUUUGAGGAAAACUGUCAAAGACGCCUUAAAGCUACUGUUUAGUUCUUGGCACAUGUUCUUAUUUUAACUCCAGAGUCGCUCUGGGCUGAACUGUUUUGUAUAACUGUACAGUGUUUAAAUAGAGGUGCAUAAUCAGCUGUUGUUACUGGUAAAAUAUGAAGGUUAAAAUGCAGUGGUAAGUGUUUGGAAUUUUGUGUAAAUUUGAUUUAGUUGCUGUGCAUCCCUCUGAUGCAUCAAGCUGCAUGCAUUAACUGACAGUUUAAUUAAGCAUAAUAAUUCUGGUGCACUUUUUUCAUGUGACCUAAGUGUGCUGGUAUUUCUCACCCUAUAAUCUUUAGCCCUCUGAGUACU